AUGGCAUCAGCCGAGAGCAGCUCCAAACCCGACUCAGGCUUUGAUCAGAACGGCAACGAAGACACUAAACACGAUAUCGAGCGCGAUGGCAACAAACCCGAGCAGACCCAGGAGUCUACAGGCAUUCGGGACCGCUUGGCGGCCAUAGUCGAGGACUUCUCCUUCCUGUGGUUUACCCUGAGCAUGAACACUGGCAUUCUUUCGAUCCUCAUGCAUCAACUUCCAUAUCAGUUCCGGGGCCUUGGCAUUCUUUCGACCAUUAUGUUUGUGUUCAACCUGGCGCUCUUCAUUCUCUUCUUCUGCAUAUUCCUGUUGCGGGUCGCCAUCUAUCCCAAAGCGCUAGUCAAGUCAUGUUCAAACGACUUGACGGAGCUGGCGCUUACCGGCGCCGUACCCAUCGCAUGGUUCACGCUUUUGUCGCAGGUCGGCAUCACGGUCAGCACCGCUAGCUGGGGCGCACAUGCCUUCUUCCUUGUUGCCUAUGUGAUGUGGUGGAUCGGCACAGCAGUCAUGCUCACUAUCGCUACUUUGGUCAUUGUUGUCAUUUCCAAGACCGACAUAACGACCACCGAGAAGCUCACCCCUGGCAUUGUCAUACCAUUCGUCGGGACGACAACGAACGCCGUUGUGGGUGCCCUGAUCGUGAAUUACUCCGACGACGUCAACACACGGCUUGCAAUACCCGUCAUCAUCGUCGGCUACAUGUUGACGGGCAUCGGCACCUUUGCAGCUCUUAUCCUUUACUCCGCCUAUUUCAUCCGUAUGACCAACAUCGGCCUGCCACCACCAGCACAGCGUCCAGGUCUCGUAAUGCUGGUCGGACCGUGUGGCCAAGGUAGUGCAGCACUUCAGCUUCUAGGCACAGCGGCUAAAAUGCACUUUGGCAAAUACGGUAAAGGCACGAUCUUCACGGACACAGCCGGUGAAAUAUUCUCCGCCGCUGGAACAUUAUUGGGCUUGAUGUUGACUGGCAUGUCGGUCCUGUUCACGACCUUGGCCGUCUAUUGCAUACUUGAGACGGCAUUUAAGCGACAAUGCAAGUACUCACUCCUAUGGUGGAGUACUAUCUUCCCUAUGGCGACCGUCUGCACAGCAUUCAUAUCUUUUGCUAAGGAUUUCGACUCGCCUGCUUUCCGAGUACUCGCAACCGGAUUAUUUCUGAUCCUACUGAUCGAUUACUUCAUCAAUUGGGGAUUCACUAUUCGAGAUAUCGUCCAAGGCAAGCUCCUCAAUGGAAAGCGAUCUCCCAACCCAGCGGCGAACCGGGUCAAGCGUCACUAA